GAAUCCCACUAAAAAGGCCUUCCCCGCAUCACUGCCGAUACCCGGGCAUUCGUCCAUCUCUUAAAAGAGGGCACAUGACCACCUCACCACUGAUACAUACCACCUUCCACGGUCAAGCACCCCCGCCAGUCGAGCAGUAACCCCUCCACAACCAUGGCGACAGCAUCAACAACAGAAACCCCCAACCUCGUCCGUGUCAACCACCACGAUGCUAAAACCUUUGCGGCCGCCCUUUUAACGGCCUCCGGCGUGUCCGCCAAAAACGCCGAAAUCACCGCCUCUGGGCUCGUCCAAGCUGACCUGCGCGGCGUUGAAAGCCACGGCAUCCUGCGAUUGCCAUCCUACCUCUCACGCGUGCGUGGCGGGGUUUUGGACCCAGCCGCCGAGCCGGAACUAAAGCAGAUCACGCCCGUAGUCGCCCAAAUAGACGCGAGGAACGGAUUCGGCUUCCCCGCCGCGCACCUGGGCAUGGACACCGCCAUCAAAAUGGCGGGCGUCUAUGGCAUUGGAUUGGUAAGCGUCAAGCAUAGCAAUCACUUUGGCAUGUCCGCUUGGAUUGUCAAGCAAGCGGUGGAAGCGGACAUGAUGAGUCUGGUUUUUACCAAUUCGUCGCCUGCGCUGCCCGUGUGGGGUUCCAAGGAGAAGAUGAUGGGUGUAAGCCCCAUCGCCUGUGGAGCGCCGGGUGGGAAAGGCGAGGGGUCGAAGCCGUUCAUCUUGGAUAUGGCCCCGUCGGUCGCAGCGAGGGGCAAGAUUUAUAAGGCGUUGAGGAGGGGAGAGAAGAUACCGACUGAUUGGGCUUUGGAUGGGGAGGGCAAGCAGACCGAUGAUCCGGCCAAGGCGCUGGAAGGCGUGAUGCUGCCUAUGGGUGGGCCGAAGGGGUCGGCGCUGGCUAUCAUGAUGGAUGUCUUCUCCGGCGUGCUUUCGGGUUCUGCGUUUGCUGGAGGCGUCACGGGGCCGUAUGAUAUGUCCAAGCCGGGGGACGUUGGCCACUUCUUCGUGGCCAUCAAACCUGACUUGUUCAUGAGCCUGGACGAGUUCAGGGAACGCAUGGAUGUCCUAUACCAGAAAGCGGUGAACUCGGAGAAGAUGCAUGGCGUCGACAGAAUUUACUUCCCGGGCGAGAUUGAGCAGCUGAACGAGGAGCAGAGAUUGAAAGACGGCAUACCAUAUGCCAAGGCAGAGAUUGAUGCUCUGAAUGCAGAGGCUGAAAAGCUAGGCUUGGGCAAGAUCCCAUUGAUAGAGUAGAGCUUCAUA